GGGACACCCGUGACCGCCGUGACAUCCCGCCAUAUAAAGGACAUGCAGGGGCAUCGCCGGCCAUCGCAGCCGCUCCGUGCCGGACACGGCUCCGCAGCGCCAUGGUCGUGGCCCUCGCCCGGGCGGCCGGGCGAGCAGGCGCGGUUGCGGCGCUGGCGCUGCUGUGGCUGCUGCUCUGCGCUCCGGGGGAUGCCGGCUGUCACCCCCUGACCGUGGCCGAUCUCUUGGACCGGGUGAUCCGGCACUCGGGCAGGAUCCACAGCCUCUCCACGGCGCUCUACGCCGAGCUGGAAAAACACCUUUCGCCCCGUGACAACGAGCUGGGAAGGCCCGCUCGGAAGUGCCACACGUCGGGGAUGCUGACCCCCAACGGCAAAGAAUACGCCCAAAAAAUCCCGAGAGAAGAACUAACUCACCUGAUACUGAAACUUUUGCAAGCCUGGAAAGAACCACUUUCCCACUUUAACCAGCAUAUUGAGCACCAUCAAGAGCUACCUGAUGACAGCCUUAGCAAAGCUAAGCAAAUCAGCAAUAUGGUACAUGAGCUGAAGACUGGAGUUGAGAAAGUAACAGAAAAGAUGCAGUCAAUGGGGAUCAUCAGCAAUUCAUUAAAUGGAAUGGCAUCAUCUGAAGGCACUGGUUUAUCAAUCGGUAAUGAAGCAAACAUGAUGAGUGACUCUGACUUCAUUCACUGUUUUAGGAGAGAUUCCAAUAAAGUACAAAGCUACUUAAAAAUUCUCAAAUGUAGGAUUAUGCCAGAAAACAGUUGCUAAAUUUUAAUUUAGCUUGACAAGAAGUCUUCAGCAUGUUGCUUAUAAAAAUUUAAAAAAUAGAACUUCUAAAUUAUCAUUUCACAGUAAUUUUAAUAGGAAAAUGUUUUUGGAAUCCUUUGGAAGCUGACGCAGUUGACAAAUGCAGACGAAAUACAAAAUAAAGCCUCAUGUGUAUGUUGGUUAAUGCACCUAUAAAAAGGAGUUCUCUAGCAUUAGAUAAAUAAAUGUUCUUGUAUGUUA